CGGGACACGUGGGGUGCGAGGCGGCUAGGACGGGCGGUCACCCAUGGCGACGGACUCGCGCGUAGGCGGACCCGCCCCAUGUCAGUCUCUUUUGAUUAUCACUGUUAAGAUAACAGAAUUAUCUGAUAUUUCUUUGAGUCAACAUCUCGGAAUAAAUUAGUUUCAUCCAGUUUAAAGUUACUUUAUCUCAUAAAAAGACCCAACAUCGUAUCAAGUGUUUUCAGUGGUAUCGUAAAAAUUUUGAUCGAAUCACAUUUUUCAAGAACUGGAGGAAUCUUUAGAGGUGUUUGUUUGAUCAGGUAUGUAAUAGGAAAUUGUAUUUAGUUUAGUAUUGUAAGUUGGAAAGUUAACAGGAACACUAGGGCGGGAAAGUGAGGCACGAGGCAAAUGGGCGGGUGCAGCAGUCUCGCUUGCACAGAAUGCACCACCCCCAGCGGAAUGCGUUCGGGUUGCAGUCACCGCCGCCGAGCCGUUGAAAUAGCUCGCCCACUGCGCCCGUGCGAUCCCGCUGCGACGUUACGCGACCUGUAAUCAGUUACCAGGCUCACAUCAACGCCGAAGAGAUUGACGACGCGGAGAACUUAACUGGUACGGAACUGGUACUGGUACAAAGGGUAAUUAGCCAGCAUACCGAAAUUAAUAAGCCCGCAUCCAGCGUAAAUCGUUGCUGAUUGGCUGCAACUCUGAAGAGCUACGGAUGAAUUUAACUACAAGAGGAUUUUGCUGGCGAAAACAAACUGCAAAGCGAUUUAACACGAUAAUUUGUUGACAUAAAUCCAGAUAUUCGACAGGACUUUGCUAGUACCGGAAUUUCGCUUAAAUUAAGAAGCUAAAAUAAAUAUUAGUAGCGUUAGAUCAUAUUAGGCGUAUAAUUUUCAAUGUUUAUUACAUAAAUACAUUUAUUAAAUAAAAGUUAUUCAUAGUUUUGAUAAUUUUAUAACCUUCCUCGAUAACUGAUAACUUUCUGUAAAAUAUAAAAGUGAAAUUACCAAAUAACUAAAAUGACUUCUGCAAGCUGAUGUAGGUAAUUUAAUACAGUUUUAAAUGUAUUCCUCUUUAUUGGCACACCAGUUACAUUUUUUUUUUGUUUUAAAACUUAAGCUUUUAACUUCUAAAAUAAGUUAGGGAUGAUGAAUGACAAAUUAUUGUAUAUUGACAAACUGCCAAACGUAAUUCCGGUACUGCAUUGUCCAAGUCUAAAAAUAAGUAGAUGCACAACAACACUGCACCAACUGCAAAAUCAUGUUCAAUCUACUGAAUAUUGGAUUUGCUCAAUCAUAAAAUAACUUUUGCAUGUUUUUAUUCUCAUUUUCAUUAUUAGUUUUAAAGAUAUAAUUAUGUGUUUAUUGUAAUACAUAUGUAUUUGCUUUACUUAUAAUACAAGACUAAUGUGAUUUCUGUGAUUUCAAUUUUCUGCUUCGUAAUUAGUGUUGUCACUAAUUGAAUUGUUGUCACUGAAUUAUUUACUUAUUACAAGAAACGAAGCAAUAAAUCGAAAUCAGAAACUGUUCAAAUACGAAUCGAAUGAUAAUAAAUAAAUAAAAGCACAAUAUUGGCACUGAGCCUACGCAGGUUUAUGCCUGAAACUGUAUGGUUCGAAUCAUGAUAUUUUGAUGUGGUUUUAUGUUUUUAGAACAGGCAUUCAAUCGGGGCUUACAUACUAUCUGGGAUACACCCAGACUGCAAUUGGUAACAGAAUUUUUUUUUAAACCUCUUUAAGACGACGUUAAUACUACUAACAAAGUCUUAAAUCCUAUUUGGGAAGAACAAAACAUUUUAAAUUGAAGUCUGGGAGCACCCAAGAUCCAGAUUAUUACUUUUACUUUUUUAACAAAUCAUCCCACAUAACGCCAUUGUUUUGUUACAUGACAUACACUGUAGUAAAAUAUUAUUUACUUAUUAACCAAUUCAAGAUCUACAUUUAACUCAGUGCCAUUACUAGAAAGAAAUAAGUUUGUGUAUAUACAGGGCAAAAUACGUAGUAGGUACAUCAGGUACACCCAGAUCCUAAUACCAAAUAAGUUCAACAGAUCUACUGAACCAAUCAGCAAUUGAAUAGCAGGACAGUUACUGAACCAAGUACUGAACUAAACUAAGUACUACCACCACUAGUACUGAAAUUUUAGUCACCUAAAAGAUAAUAACAACGAUUCUGAUUUUUCUGAUCACAAAAAACUUCAACAGUACCUACUAAUCAAAGAAUGGAAAUACAAAAAUACACUUAUAGAAUUACAACAAGAUGAAUGAGAUAAAGAUACUCGAAGAAGUAAAUUCCACUAAAAGUCAAGAGUCAUGGGUGUGUGACUGUGCACACAGCUGGUUAGAAUUACAAAACAAAGUAAACACAACAGAAAAAUCAUAAAAACGAACACCCAAUUUUACACACCAUAGUAUCCACAUUUGUCAAAAUAAAAGAAAAAAAUUAUCGAAGAUGGUUCGAUCACAUGUAAUAACGCCCAAACGAUGAUAGCGUGAAGCUUAUCAGUAUCAGCUUUUUAUCAGCUUAUCAUUAAACGUUCAAUUCAAAUCAUCUUCUUGGGUUGCUAUAACUAUGUGAAUAACGACAUAGACACCCGGAAAAUUGUACCUAGACUAAACGGCAAUAGUAUACUACAAUACAUACCUAAGUAAGACUAAUAUAACUUAUAGAAUAACUUAUUAGAUUAAAAAAUAUUAGAUUUUAAACAGUGAAAUCACCAGUUAUGACUGAAAUCAGCGACUAGUAUAACAGGGAUGGCGAACUAUGUUGUGCCUUUUUAAAUUUAAGAGGAAAUAAUCAAUUAUUAGAAACUGAGAAUAAAAUUGCAUUUAUAGGGAUUCAUAAAAAUCACGGAAAUCUAACAAUAUAAAAAAGAAUCGUAAAUAUAUCUUCAACAUAUUGAUAUUGGAAAUACCUUAGUUGCUACUUUCACAUUAAAUUACCAACGACAAUUAAUUAAUAAGAGACACUGCCCUCCGUGACGCAAACCCACAUCUGUCAAGGUAGCAAACAACCUUUAGACGCGGGAAACACCCUGCCGUCCUAAAACCUAUAACGGCCUAUAAACUAUAAAUCCUUCCGAUACGCAACGUGAAUCUUGAGACAUGAAAUUAAAACUUCAAUUGCAUUGUAUAACGGCAGUACCACUAUUCCAACCGACAGGCACGACUGCUUUGCGGUAGAAAUACCUAUCAUAUAUAAGUCGGUUGGGAUAUCUACCUAUCCACAGUAAUAAAAUUUGUUGUUCAUUUAGUGCAAGUGAAAAAUAGAGCUCAUUUGUGAGACUACAUACUCGCUGCGGUGUCUGUGAAAUCCGAUAACUACUUAACCCUAGGAGUUACGAUCUCGUAGGGUUCUCUAAAAAUCUAGGUUUUCAGGAUAACUUCAGCCCCCUGACUACGACAAAAAAGUUCGAAAGGCAUUCACAUACUUCCCAAAACAAAUAUUGCAAACAACCAAAGUGCCAACAAAAUAUGAUAUUAAGUUUAAAACUGUAGAGUGAUUUUGGACACUGAUAUUGCUACUAAAAUAUAAUAAUUUAGGAAGGAAUAUUUAUUAGAUAAUAGAAAAUACAUACCCAGAGGGAAUUUAUCAAGUUCAUAGACUGUACGUACUAUUUCAAUUACCGUUGGAACUGUUCACUUCAAAUCUGACAAUUGAAGAUCUUUUAACGGCUCUAUCAUUAUUGAUGUAAAUUUAAUUUCUCAGAAAUUUCAAAACCGUAUCGAGUUCUUUUCGUUGGCCAUAACAAAAGUUUCGCUAGCCCUAGUAUACAGUACUGCACAGUGCAACAUCAGCACACAUCACUGAAACUAUCGUGGUAAUCUAUUGGAGUAUACUAAAGUGUAAAUUUAUGUGUACUUUCAGUGUUUUUGUGCUGAAUGUCACCAAUUUGCUCUGCGAUUUUCUUUUGUCCCAAUCGUGUUAUUCCUUAGAAAGCAUCCAGAUGCAAGAGCAGACCCGUAACACCUGGACUUCGGAGUGGAGUUAUUUUGCUGUGCGUCAUUUGCUACUGCGAAAGCUAUUUUUUAUUAUAUCUAGAAUGAAAUGCACGUUCACUGACAUUAGCACCAACAAUGGACCAGCAAUUCUGCUUGCGCUGGAACAACCACCCUAACAAUCUGACCGAUGUGCUUGCGAGUCUUCUGCAAAGAGAGGCUCUCUGUGAUGUCACUCUCGCUUGUGAUGGAGAGACAGUCAAGGCACACCAGACAAUAUUAUCAGCAUGCUCACCAUAUUUUGAAAGCAUAUUCCUGCAAAAUUCGCAUCCACAUCCCAUUAUAUUCCUUAAAGAUGUACGAUUUGCAGAGAUGAAAUCGUUACUGGAUUUUAUGUAUAAGGGGGAAGUAAAUGUUGGCCAAAAUAUGCUACCAAUGUUCCUAAAAACUGCAGAAAGUUUACAAGUUAGAGGUUUGACAGAGAACAAUACAUUGAAUCCGAAGUCGGAAGAGCGAUCGACGCCAGUGGUGGGCGCGGAGAACCUAUCCCGCGCGGAGUUCGCGACGCCCCCCGCCGCGCACUGCGGUCCCCCCGUCGGACCCGCCCCGCCCCCCGCGCACCCCGCACACGCCCAGCACCCCUCGCAUCCCGCACAACACGUGCCGCUCGAGAAGAGGCGCAGGAAGAACUCCACUCUACCCAGAGACGAUAUCGACAACAAUCUCUACCGCCAUUAUGACGUUCCGGUGAAGAGCGGGAAAUGUUCCACGGGGUCUGGCUCGGAGCCGUCCACCCCGCCGCCCGCGCACACCCCGCACGGCGCACAGCGGCUCGGCACGAGGUCGCCGCUCGUCAAGCAGGAGCCGGACUCCCCCUACAUGCCGCAUGUGCCGCACCCGUCGCCGUUCGAGCAACAACACCUGCAGAACAUCGGAGUUACUGACAUGGCAUCGAUAUUGUCCCAGCCACCGAUCAAUAACGAUUGCAAUGAAAGUGAACCAUCGCUGCCGCCGCACCCAGACCAGACGGACACCAUUGACGGUGAUAAUUUCGGAGUUGAUGAGAAUAAAAAACCGUGGGAACCGUUCAACAACAAACUUUCGAACGUUGAAAAUCUCGUCAAAUCUUUUAAACUAGCUCUGACUCAGAGACCGUUUAGUGGUCCCGAAUCCUGCAACGUAUGCGGUAAACUUGUGAACAAUUUAAAAAAACAUAUGAAAUCACAUAAUCCGGAACAGCACAAGUGUCCCCUUUGUCCAAUAAUAUUGACUCGCGCGGACAAUCUCAAAAGGCAUCUUCGUAUGAAGCACUGUUCUGUUUUGAGUUCAGAUAACUUAUCCAAUAUUCAGAAAAAAUGUGGAUUGACUUAGUAGAGAAAAAAAAUUAUUAUAUAAUAUCAUAAACUUGUGUUAAUUCAUGAUAGUUGAGGAAAAGUUACUGUCCCAUGGAUGAGCUUGUAAUAAUUCAAUUUUUAACACUAACAUUCUAAUGAAUUUGCUGCUAUGUUGGUUCCUAAUACUUGCCGUUAAAUUCUAGAAAUAAGGUGUUGUGUGUUUUUCGUUUGCAAAUAAAUUUAUCUUAAGAUUUAAUAUUCUUUCAAAACAACUAAUCAAAGAGUUUUAACUUAUGAAUGUCGUUCGAUGUGUAAAUACGGUCAAUAUACAAUAAACUCACGAUAUAAAUGUAAAUUAAAUAAAAUUAUAAAUUGAACCACAUUUAUAAGUAAUCAAAAAUGUAAUUAAUUUACUAACUAAUUAGUUUAUUAACUAACGUUAGGAAAAAUGCUUUUUUUUGCAUUAGGCUUUAUCAGAAAGGAAAAAGUACAAAAUCAGUAUUAACAAUUAACGUAGUAUAAUAAUCUUUGUGAUAAAUUGAAAAUUGUGAUUCUUAUGGUUGCCUUUAAGAACUAAACAAUCUACAAUGUAAUUAGUUGUAAUAAUGAAAUUCUGAUCGCGAUUCGUAAACUCUGAACAAGCUUGUUAAUAAUCAUCUCAACUAAUAAACCACUUCCACGUACUAUUUUCAUUUAACAAUUGUCUUACAAAUAAUGUCGUCUUUAUAUAGAGUUUACUGAAACUGCUGUAAAAUGAUCCACUCUUUUAUUGUAUUGCUUUUUUUUUAGUAAAAGAAGCCAUGUUUAUUUGUUCUAGAAUGAAGACAACACUAAUUCCUUUUUUAAAUAUUUCCUUGAAUAACUUCAAACCUCAUUGGUUCAAUAGUCGAACAACCAAGUCACCUAUGAAGUAAAUCGGUUGAGAUGUUUAUAAAAACGUAAAUCUCCAAAGUCCACAAUAUACCUCAUGAUCUCUUAUUGUUCCUUUUAGUUUGUAUUACAAAUCUAGCACUAUCACAGUGCUCAAGACUGAUAUUUUGCUUUUGUAACUUGUGUAUUUUUAAUUUAACUUAUUUUCCCAUUUAACCUGAUAAUUAACGUACAUAACUUGUAAAUUUAACGUUAUUGUGUGUUUGUUGCAAAUAUACUCUCCUUUAUUUAUACCUCUUUUUUUUUUCAUUACACCUUUCCUGCUUUUAUAUGAUUAACAAACAGCAGACCUAUUUCUCUCUAUAAAUCGCCUUCCAUAUUUGGUGACAGUGAAUAACAAAACUUCAUGCAAAAAUAACAAUCUAAAAGUAACCAGCAACACCAUUUCUUCAAUAUCAUUUGGUUCAUUUUGCAUGAAUCUCCAUUGAAUAUAUUUUGUUAAAAAUAAUUUCAGAAUUUUAUUUAACAUAUUUAAACUUUUCGUAUCCGAUAUACAAAGCUUUUAUAAUAGCGCUAGGUUAAGCAUUAGAACAGCGGUAACAAAUAUACUUAGCUUUAAAAUAGUGCUCAAUUCCAUCAAUUAGUAAUAAGUUAGUUAGUCCUCUCAAAACUGACAUGUAAAAAAAAUAAACCGUCUCCUGAAUGAAUCGCUCUACGCAGCGAAUGUUGCAGCACCAACGUCUCUCUCAGUAACGCGCUAAUGGCACAUGAUCAUCAGAAAUCUGAGUAUUUUAGAACCAGCUCGAAUUAACAAGUAAUAUGUAGAGUUGAGCGGUUGGGACUGCGGCAUUGGUUCGUGAGGUGAUGAAAUGUGAGUGUCGCGGUGAGAGCGCGCGGUGGAGUGACGGA